AUGAUGCAGACCUUCUCCCCGGCUCAGCAACAGCAGCAACAACAAGCAGCCCAACAACGCUGGAACAAUACUCAAAAUGCGGCUGCUUACCAGGCCGCAACAUCAGUCGAACAACAGCGCCAGCAGUUUGACUCGGCAGCUCUCUUACAUCACCAACAACAGCAACAGCAGCAGCAACAGCAGUACCUGCAACAACAACAACAGCAACAACAAACCCCUCAGCAAAGUGCUGCCGCGACCGCUGCCGUCGUCUCCGACCACUUGGCGAGGUAUGCGGCCUACCAACAGCAGCAGUAUGUCAAAAAAAUGCAAGAGUAG